GCAGUGCGGACGCGCGGGCCUACUGCUUGCAGACCAGUCCAAUAUGGCGGUGGUGUACUUCGAUUGGUUGGACUACCUCGUUUUCGGGGCGAUGCUGCUUGUUUCCUCUCUGAUCGGGGUCUACUUCGCUUUUUUUGCCAGUAAGAAGCAAAAUACCACCGCUGAGUAUCUAAUGGGAGGAAAAACUAUGGGUAUUUUCCCCAUAUCGAUGUCACUUAUCGCCAGUUAUAUUUCUGGUAUUUCAUUACUGGGAUUACCGGCAGAAAUGUACACUUAUGGGACUCAACUCUGGGCAAUAGUGCUCUCAGAAUGGACAGUGUCAUUGACGAUAGCUGUGGUCUAUCUGCCAGUUUUUUAUAAUUUACAAAUCACUUCCACCUAUGAGUAUUUGCGGCUUAGGUUUAACAAAAAAGUCCGACUUCUAGGCUCUAUUAUAUUUAUUAUCAAAAUGCUGCUUUACAUACCUAUUGUGAUUUACGUUCCCGCCUUAGCUUUCAGUCAAGUGACCGGCAUCAACAUUCAUAUGAUCACACCUAUAGUUUGCAUAGUGUGUAUUUUUUAUACAACACUCGGAGGACUAAAAGCUGUAGUUUGGACGGAUACGCUGCAGACUAUGAUCAUGUAUCUCGGAGUGAUAUUUGUUUUGGCUUACGGUACUUGGAGAUUAGGAGGUGUGGGCAAUGUCUUUGAACUAAACAAGAAAGGUGAUCGUCUCGAAUUUUUUAACAUGGACCCUGAUCCUACGAUAAGACACACAUUUUGGACCACAGUGUUCGGAAACUACUUCAGUUGGUUGGCAUCGUGUAGCGUCAAUCAAGCAAUGGUACAGCGCUGCCUCGCUUUGUCGUCGCUUAAAAGAGCUCGCGUAACGAUAUUCAUAAUGGCUGCGGGUAUCUACAUAAUCGUAUCGCUAAGCUGCUACACCGGCCUGGUGAUAUACGCCACAUUCGCUGAGUGUGACCCUCUAACAACUGGAGCGAUUAGGAAGAGCGAUCAACUAUUGCCUUACUUUGUGAUGACUAUCACAGGAUCAAUACCAGCGCUACCAGGCAUUUUUAUGAGCGGAGUUUUUAGUGCAGCGUUAAGCUCUAUGUCGACAGGUCUCAAUUCUAUGUGCGGUGUAAUCUUUGAGGAUCUCAUAAGACCAGCUUAUAAUAAGCCUAUAUCUGAAAAGACCGCUAGUUUUAUCAUGAAAAUGAUAGUCGUCGUUAUUGGAGCAAUAUGCGUUGCGUUGGUGUUCUUAGUGGAACACAUGGGAGCUUUAAUACAGGCAGGCAAAAGUUUGGCGGGAAUCACGGCGGGAAGUCUCCUGGGCCUAUUUUCAAUGGGGCUCUUCUUGCCUUGGGUUAACGCGACGGGCGCUUUAGUUGGCGGGGUGACGUCAACUCUUUUUGUAGGAUGGAUAUCAUUGGGAACGCAAGCAGCUAUGAUGCGAGGCGAUAUCGUGGUUACACCUAAGCCUAUUUCUAUUGAGGGAUGUCCUGCUAAUUUUACCAGUAUCACCACGCCGCUGCCAUCUUUCCGAAACGGUGUCGAGUUUGAUAGGUCGGGAACAUUUUUCCUGUACAGGAUGAGCUACUUGUACUACACAUUGGUGGGAAUGACAGUGUGUAUAAUGAUAGGAACAAUCGUCUCGUAUUUCACGCAGCCGAACGAUCCAGCCAUGGUACACCGCGACCUAUUGACGCCGAUGAUACACCGCUGGUUGCCUGCUCAGGAUCCACGCGCUCGCAGACCGCGUCUAACCCAGCACGAUAUCGAAAUGCACGCGCGCGAUCUAGAACGACUGCGUGCCCAGUCCGCUUACACGAAAGUCGGCACCGGUCACGCAGCGGAUUCGGGGAAUCGAAAAAAUAACAAUUUCGAUAAUGUCGGAUAGCGCACAACAUGCGAAACACCACAAAGAGAAUGCGGCAACGGAACGAAAAGUUAAUUCAAACACGUGACAUGAAAUGUUGACGAUCAAAAGACGUGAUUGAUACCAAUAAGUUUAUAUUUCAUUUUAAAUAAAUGUUUAAGGGAGAAAGCUUUAAAAUGACUAUUAAAUGGUAAUUUAUUGCAGUCUCUAAAACUACUAAUAUUAAAGACUCUUUGUUUUGUACUAUAUCUACG